AUGCCUUUCCUCUCCUCCAACCGGGCACGCUCGUUAAGGCUUGUCACAUCUACCGCUGCCAACUUGAGGCUGAAUUUAAGGACACGUCUAUCCCAAUCCCGAGUUCUCCAAACCGCAUCCUUUGACCCUUGCUUCUUACAUAUCAGACAUCCCAUACACCUACGGUCCUUCCCGAAAUUCCAGUCCUUAACAAAUAACAUCAGCCCUCGACAUCGCCCAAUGGCUGCCCUCACCCAGACACAGACGCGCUCUCAUGGCGGCCAUUCGCAUCACCACCACCAUGACAAUACCUAUCUCACUUCUAAGAAUAAGAAGGAUGCGGGGGUGCGGAUAACACGGAUUGGCCUCUACUCCAAUCUGGGCAUGGCCGUUGCGAAAGGGGUAGGUGGAUAUGCUUUCAAUUCCCAAUCAAUGAUUGCAGAUGCAUGGCAUAGCUUGACGGAUUUGGCCAGCGAUAUCUUGACCCUGGCAACAGUAUCGUGGAGCUUGAGGCCCCCCACAGCAAUGUUUCCCACCGGGUUCGGGAAGGUAGAGAGUUUGGGCUCUUUAGGGGUCAGUGGGAUGCUGUUAUUUGGAGGGUGCUUCAUGUGCUUGAACAGCUGCGAGAUUCUCUAUGGGCACUUCUUCCUCGAUGCCCAUGCAGCCGCAGAAGCAGCCAUUCAUGCACACGGCCAUAGCCAUAGUCAUGCUGCAGCUGGUCCCAGUCUUCAUGCCGCAUGGUUAGCCGCUGGAACAGUAAUUCUGAAAGAAUGGCUAUACCAAGCAACAAUGAAAGUAGCCAAGGAACGAAAGUCCUCAGUCCUCGCUUCGAAUGCAAUCCAUCACCGAAUCGAUUCCCUCACUGGUAUUGUCACCCUCUUCGCCAUUCUCGGCGCAAACUUCUUACAUGAUGCUGCUUGGUUGGAUCCCGUCGGUGGUCUGUUGAUAUCACUUUUGGUUAUAAAAGGGGGGUGGGGAAACACUAAGUCGGCAUUAUACGAAUUGGCAGACAGAGGAAUCGACACUGAAACAAAGGCAUCAAUUACAAGGGCUACCAAGAAGAGCCUUGCAGAAUUGAGGGACGGCUCACAAAUAGAACUACGAGAGGUUGAAGGUGUGAAGUCUGGACAAAACUUUCUCGUGGACUUGCAAUUGGCCGUGCCAAAAUCAUGGACCGUGGAAGAUAUUCGAGAGGUAGAAGAAGGAGUUAGACAAGUUGUAGGAUCCAAGGUUCGAGGUGUACGCCGGGUGAAAGUCCGUUUCGUACCAAAGGGCGAAACAUCCAUAGCACUGUUUGAUGAAUUCAUUAGUGGGGAUGUCUCGCCUCGGGAAAGCCCCGAACCUGAAGAGCAUGAUCACGAUCACGACCAUGAUCAUGCGAAGACGAAUGGGAAUGGAAAUGGGAAUGGCAACAAGAAAAUCCAAUGA